CAUACGCCAUAGUAUGUAUGUAGUUCGAUUAAACGCCAUUGUUUGAUUCCGAUUCAGGUAUGAAGCAAAGGCUAACAUUGUAAACUAACUCAUAUUAUUAUUAUUUAGCUCUGUUAAAGGACUAGAGAUUUAUUUAUUUAUACAUAUAUCCAAGUAAAUUCGAGAAUAAUGUCAAGACAAACUAGCCGAUUGGAUUCAAAGAAAGUCAAUGCUCGAUGCCCUGCAAUUAUUAAAUGCUACUGAUUCAGCAUAAGAUCUACAUUCGUACUACGGCUAACGAAAAAAAAUCGAGACUAAGAGCAAAAGGUGCUGGGUGCCAAUGUGAAACUUGCGAUUGAAAUAUACAUUUGCACAUUUUAUUGUAUUCCCAAAGUUUUACUGUGAACAAUAUACGUGAAACGUGAAUACGUUGUUUUUUUUUUAAAUCAAAGUUAUCAAAUGUACGCCCGUCGAUUCAUUUUAUUUAAACGAAAACGCGUUGAAGACGGUUAAAAGAAAAACGGACACACAAUUAAAAAUUGGAUCAACAAGUGGAUACAUUUUAAUAAAGAAAAUGGAUCAUCAAACGGGUACUGCACAUAAUGAGCAGCAGCAUACAGUGAGUGGAACGAAUGGACAACAAAUUCAAGUGGUUUCGAUGAAUUCGAUGCCAAUUUCAAAUACUGGCCAACCAAUUUUGGUGCAAUCAGUUCCCCAACAAUCGUUGCAGACAAUCGUACAGCAAGCAGCACAAGCACAGCCCAUGGCACAAAUACUGCAGUUACCCGAUGGUCAGACAUUCCUCUAUCAACCGAUGCAAACGAUGGGCGAUUCAUUACCGGCUCAGCCACAAAUUAUAAACAUCAAUGGAAAUUUGAUACAAAUACCAGGUGCAACUCCAACAUCGGCAGCAACACAACCAAUAAAUGGUCAGCAAGGGCCAAUGAUGAUGUUGGCCACAGCGGCUACUACGAAUUCAACACCGAAUAAUACUGGUGGAAUAGCCACCAUUCUACCAACGAAUACUGGCGCAGCCAAUGUGUUGAGCAACACAAAUAUGGCCACGACAAAUGAUACAGUAUUCUUAAACAGUAAUGCUACGACAACGGCCAAUUCAAAUUCAAACACAACAGCUGACGAUGUCAAUAUUGAUGCUGAAGAAGAACCAUUGUAUGUAAAUGCCAAACAGUACAAACGAAUAUUGAAACGUAGACAGGCUCGUGCCAAACUUGAGAGUCGCAUUCCAAAGGAGAGACCAAAAUAUUUGCACGAAUCGAGGCAUCGACAUGCUAUGAAUCGUGUGCGUGGCGAAGGUGGUCGCUUUCAUUCACACUGUGGACCUGAAUCAAAUCAACUUCAAAUUCCACAUCAAACCAUUCAAUCAAAUCCAAUCGCACCACGCCAAAUCCAAUCACAACCAUCAAAUCAAUCAUCUCAUCCUCAGCCAAUUAUGAGCAAUGCGUCUAUUCAAUUUAUCAAAUCGGAGAGAUAGUAUCAAUAUUUUCACUAAAAAAAUAUUUAAACUAAAUUGAUCCAAAACUAUUUUAAGAAUUUUAAGCUAUGUGUGCUCUUUUUAAAACGUGUUAAAAGACAGCUUUUAGUUGAAAUAAAUUUGUAAACAGUAAAGCAAAUUAAUAAUCAGCAUCGAGUCGAAUAAAUAUUUUUUGAGU